AUGAAGCUAUUCGCCCGUCUCAAUAUGGUUGUGCUACUCGCAAUUUCGGCGUUGGUAUACAUGGUAUGGAAUUUGCGCUCAUACCAUCCCAUCACGCGAGCAAAGAAGGUCUGGAGCCGGAAGACGACCGAAGUCAUAGUCUUCGGAGACUCGUGGAGCACCAAUCGCCUCGAAUUGUCGGCGCAUCGAGCAGCAGCACCAGCCAACAACAAGCUGUGGGUGGACACGCUAUGCUCAGAGAUUGUUUGCGACCGCAUCUACGACUUAGCCCAAUCGUUACCCUCCCAUCCAUCCCACCGACGGGGUCCUGUGAUCGACAACGACGUCUACGCCAAUCGAACAAGAUCGCUCAAUCUUACAUCGGGGCUUGAAAACAUCGGAGACUUUGGGCAUCAAGUCGACGACUAUCUCGCGCAAAUUGACCUUCGAUGGCAAGACGGUAUAGAAGGAGGGAAAGAAAGAACCACACACAUCUUUACCUUGUUCUUUGGACUGUGGGAGCUGUGGGACUUUGUCGGUCUGGAGGAAGAGGCUGUCUUGCCCACUGUGGUAGACUGCAUUGCCUCCAUGUUUGCCCAACUAGACCGCCUCGUCCAAGCAAAGACCGUGUCCCCUCUCCGGACAACUGUGGUCAUACCCAAGGUCCCGGACCCGACCUUCUUUCCUCGUUGGAUCGCUGAGCGGACAUCUGCAGCUGGGAUCGACAAGUAUGGCCAGCUCCAACGGCAAGCCGUUGUACUGACUGAUCUCUGGAACAACGUCCUCCAAAAGCAAGCCGAGACGUGGAACAAGGCCCGCGUCGUCAUGCCCGACUUCCACGCGUGGAUGCUCGAGCAACUGCGUGAGCCCGAGAUUGACGAGACAGGCCCCGCAGUAGUCUCGAAAGCCGGGCCUGGUGCCAAGUUUACAGAACUGACCCGGUCCUGUGUCAAUUACACCGCUCCUCUCAGCGGAGAUAUGAACGAGACCCAGUCAUUUACCAUGUGUGAUGACCCGUCGCACUUCUUGUUCUGGGAUGAUACGCGUUUGAGCGGCACCGCACAUGAGCUACUCGGCAAACACGUCGCUGAGAUGCUCCAAAAUAGCACUGUCGCUAAUCAGACGUUGUACGUCGAGAAUCGGAAGACCAAGACAGAUCAUCCGUCUUUCUAG